AUGGCCCACGUCAUGAGCAAGGUGACUCUGCCUGAGCUGCGCAAAAGUGAAGAUGUGAAGCCCAUGCUGAAGAAGCCGGUACAAUACCCGUUCUGGUUUGGGGGGAGCGCCAGUUGCUUUGCGACUUUCUUUACGCACCCGUUGGAUCUUGUAAAGGUCCGCCUACAGACACAAGCAACACAUGGCGUACGGCUGAAUAUGGUGCAAAUGUUCACCCAUGUUGUAAAGUCAGAUGGCGCAUUGGGUCUAUAUAAAGGCAUCUCUGCGGCGCAGUUGCGCCAGGGCACAUACAGCAUGACGCGCUUUGGCGUUUACGAAGCGCUAAAGGACCGCGUGACGACGGCGGAAAAGAAGCCCUCGUUCUUCACACUCGUCGGCAUGGCAUCGAUAUCCGGGUUCCUCGGAGGUUUCGCCGGAAACCCGGGAGACAUCCUGAACGUGCGCAUGCAGCACGACGCAGCGCUCCCAAAGGAAAAACGCCGCGGCUACAAGAAUGCAAUUGACGGGGUAAUACGCAUGUCGCGCGAAGAAGGCGUAGCAAGUCUGUGGAAAGGCGUGUGGCCCAAUUCGUCGAGAGCUGUGCUCAUGACGGUGGGCCAAUUGGCGACGUACGACGGGUUCAAGCGCGUCCUGCUCAACUACACACCACUGCAGGAUAACCUCACCACGCAUUUCACAGCCUCUUUCCUCGCGGGCUUUGUCGCCACGACAAUCUGCUCACCAGUCGACGUCAUCAAGACAAAAGUAAUGAGUUCGAGCGAGCAUGCGGGGCUCGUCAAGACCGUCUCGGAUACCAUGAGGGCAGAGGGCUUCCGCUGGAUGUUCAAGGGCUGGGUACCCAGUUUUAUUCGUGUUGGUCCGCAUACCGUACUCACCUUCCUGUUCCUGGAGCAACAUAAGAAAGUUUACCGCCCGCUGAAAAAGUUGGAGUAG